GCCCUACACGGCGCCGCCGAUGCUGCCGCCCAGCCGGCCGGGGCCCGGCCUCUACUGGAACCUGCUGCCGGCGGCCGGGCCCGGCCUGCCUCGCUCCGCGCCGGCACAGCCCCGCUACCCGGACGUCCGCAGAAACAGCCUGUCGGAGCAGCAGCAGAUGGAGAUCUACAUGGAGUUGCCGCCGGAGACGGACGUCAUCGCGCACAUCAACGUCGGCCCCAAGUACCAGGCGCAGGUGCCCGAGUUUGUCGGCCACUCGAGGGCGGUGGGCCUGGACGUGCAUCGCGCCGACAUGCUUUGGCACCCGCGCACGCUGCAGAAGGUCAACCAGCGCGAGCUGGACAUGUACCUGGAGUUCGCGUGCUGCGCCUCGGCGCCGGCCGGCGGGCGUAACAAGGAGUACGCCCUGCACGUACUGCACAUGACCGGAGGCUGCAUCAAGGACGCCAUGUUCCGGCUGCUGCAGCCGACGCCACACCUACCCAGCGACCACCCGCUGCUGGCGCUGGCCACCUCCGACGCCAACCGGUGGACGGCACGCGAGAUCCAGACGUUCCAGCAGGCGCUCGCCAAGUACGACAAGGACUUCCAGCGCGUCUCCAAAGAGGUGCUGAGCAAGACCACCAACGAGUGCGUACAGUUCUACUUCUUCUGGAAGCGCGUCUGCGUGGACGACUACGCGCGACUCCGCGCCAUGCGCCGCCAGCGGGAGCAGCAGCAGCAGUCGCGGCUACGGGCCGGCCCGACGCCCGAGGAGGCGGCGGCGGCGGUUGCGCAUCAGGCGCCGCCGGGCCCCAUCGGCGCCACCCAGCCGUACGACACCUACGGAGCUGACGUGAAGACGCUGUCGUACCCGUGCGAGUACUCAGACGGCUCCCCCAACCCGGGCUUCACCUCGCGGGGCGUGCUGCCCGCUCACGCGCGCUUGCAGUCGCGCGUGAAGACGCGCUCGCCGACGCCGGACAAGCGGUCGGCCUCGGCCGCCUCGCCCGCCUCCAGCCAGGGUGACGCCACUGAGGAGUUCCCCUGCAAACUGUGCGGAAAAGUGUUCUACAAGGUCAAGAGUCGGAACGCGCACAUGAAGUCGCACCGGCCGCCGGACGCCGAGUCGAAGCGGAAGAGCUCGCAGCAGCGCCACUCUCCGUCGCCGCACCCGCAGCGGCCGCCGCCGGGCCGCGCCAAACUCUCGGCCGGCCACCACAUGAGCGAGCUGCCCUGCCUCGAGCCCUCCAUGCUGACGUUACCCAACCAGGGCUACGUCAUCCCCAACAUGUGAUAGCGCCGACGGUCGACGGCCGGGCCGGGCCGCCCUGAGGGUCGCACGGCAGCGCGUGGUCGGGGCCGGGGUCGACGCAGGGUGACGCUGACCGCUCGGGCGACGACCGGCCGGCGCCGGCCGGGCUGGUGUUCAAUGUGAUAGAGGCCCGUUGAACGCGGAGCUUUAACCGGGGGCGGCACGGCGUGCGGCCAUCUCCGGGGCGCCGGCCGCUCUGCGGCGCGCCCGCACGCGGCCGGCCCGGGCUGCCGGGCCGGUCCGCACCGUCCCGAACAGGCCACACCUAGGUGUGGUGGGCCGCCCGCUCGCGCGGCCCGAACCCUUCUCUGUCGCUCACUGGAAUGGUCGCUUUCGCUGUGCACGGGUGGUUACGAUGUUUCAAGGCGUUUGUGAGAGGUGGUCGUGUCCCGGUUGGCUCAAGAGGCGAUGACUGCGCCAGGCGGGCUUAGCGCCGAUACUGAGACUGCUCGAUCAUAUGCAAGAACCAUAUACCAUAGCCGUCUGCCGUAGUUCAACCGAGGCUUGACGUUGUUGUUGCCGAACCCAAAUCCGACCGCCUGGCGUUGUCCACCCUUUGGCUGUGCCCGUCCUUUUCGGUGCCCUGAACGGUCCGCCAUCCAGAGAAAGUUUGCGUCGAUCGCAGCCGUUCAGCGGGUGGCUCAUGUCAGACGUCCUCCCAGUGGUGAGCUUCAUACUCAGAGGCCCCACUGCAGUGUGGUCCUCAGCCGGAGAGUGUGCCCGCAGGGCUUGCUCCACUCGUCGCGGCACAGCCCGCGGUGCGCGCCACACUCGGCGCCGCCCUCGCCGGUAUGGCUCACAUCUGAAGUGACCUUCUGUGGUGUUGCUCACGCCCGGUGUGACCUUCUGUGGUGUUACACCGCCGGGAGGGCUCGCGUCCGGCGGCUCACGGCCCCGCCCCAGCCGGCUCCGCUCGGCGGCAGCCGCUCCUGGAGCGUCCCUGUGUGCAGUGUCGCUGUUAGCGUGGCCCCGUGCGGUGCGGCCCGCCCCCGGCGCGGGCCCGCUGCGCGGCGCACUCUUAGGGCGGCCUUCUGUGGUGUGGCCAAGUGUUAGCGUGAUCCUUGUGGCGUGGUUCGUACUGAGCCUGCCCUCGCUGUUAGGUCGGCCCCUCGGAGUCCAGGCCAAGGGUAGCAGCGUGUCGUCUAGCGCACACCCAUAACUGUUCGCUUCCUCGCCGCUGGCGUGCGGAGGAGGAGGUAGCGGCGGCGUCCCCGGCGUGCGCUGUCCGGCGCGGCGGCGGCGGCUUCGGACAUCGGUUCAGAGCCACAGCGUCCAGCCAAUCAAAACCGGCCACGAAUGCCACGCGGUGGCUUCUGGCUGUUGCGUGUUCUCACUGUGUGGCGCUCAGACGAGCUGAAUCUGAAGAACACUGGUGAUCGUUGCCGGUAGCGUAGCGGUUUCAACGUGUAGCAGCAGUGUGGCCAUAACGCGUAGGGUUAAAGCAGCCUGGAGUUGACUCCAGCCGUCGAUGCUGCGGGCGCAGCGACACGGAUCGAUUCCUCGGCAUUUUCUCGCUCCAAAUCAGCCGGAUCUUCGAGACUGCUGCCCUUGCCAGAGCACCUACCGACGUGUGGUCACUGUGCUCGAACGCCCAGCGCGACGCCUGCCGGGCUGCCUAUAGCUGUUGCGUUUAAAAUCAAAAUGUUGAAGCUUAUGAGGUAGUUCUGCAUGUUCACUAUGCUGGGGAUGCCAAUGUCAUUAUGUAUGUACAAAGGUCGUGCUCACACAUUCUAUUGCUCCCUUUUUAUACCAUAUACUUGGAAAGGUUCUGGGCUUUCAGGCGAGCAAGUAUGUUUGUAGAGACAGUGGAGAUCGCCCAGUAAAACAUACCGCUCAGAAUGCCAGGUUGGACUGCUUCCUCCCGCCUUGGUCAGCCGCCGGUGCAACCCAACGUGCCCCGCAGUGCCUUGUGUAUUCAGUUUCACUCGCAGUAUUAUUCCCUUGCUUUGACGUCACUGCCUUUUGUAGCCGACCGCGUGUGCGUGCGGGCGUCGUGUGGCGUGUAGCCGGCCGGGGGACGGCCGCGCUGCCGCGGCGCAGAUC